UCUAAGCACAAACCCUACCAAAACCCUGAACCUUCUAUUCUUUUCUGUUUUGGCCUCUCUCGUUCUCACUUUCCACAAAACUUUUCUUUUGUUUUUUUUUUUUAAUGGAAAGAGAGAACUUAUCUCAAAUUUCUUGCUCUUCAAGCCAAUAAAUAAACAAAAUCUUUCUUGUUCGAAGAAAAAAAACCCUUAAAAACCAAUCUAACAAUUUUUUUUUGUUCAAAAUAGAAAUGGCAAAAACAUAUGCAAUGGGGCUAAUCUCAGCUUUGGCAGCAGCCUCUGCUUCUUCUUCUCUUUUAUCCCAAACCAAUAACAACAUUGCUUUUGCCGAUGGACCCUUUAAUUUCCCUUUAUUUUCUUCUCCUUCUCCUUCUUCAGGUUCUCCUCAGUCUUCUUCUGGGCAAUUGCAGUCACAGCCGUCUGUUUCACCGGCGUCUACGGCUGAUAAGGAGGCUUCUGGGAGUGUUAGGGUUAGGAAUGAUAAUCCAAGGACGUCGUCUGCUGGGUUUGAUCCUGAGGCUUUGGAGAGAGGGGCUAAGGCCUUGAGGGAAAUCAGCAGCUCCCCUAAUGCCAAAAAGUCUUUUGAACUUAUGAAGAAGCAAGAAGAGACAAGGCAGGCUGAGUUGGCUGAAAAAGCUGCAGAAUUUAAGGCAAUGCAAGCCCAAGCUGAAACUGAGAGACAAAGAGUAAUAUAUGAUGAACAGAAGAAGCUAACUCAGCAUCAAGCCCAAACAAAGUCACAGAUGGCUCGUUAUGAGGAUGAAUUGGCAAGGAAGAGGAUGCAGGCAGAAAAUGAAUACCAAAGAGCAAGGAAUCAAGAGCUUGUAAAACAGCAAGAAGAAUCAGCAAUUAGACAGGAGCAGGCUCGGCGAGCUACAGAAGAACAGAUUCAAGCACAGCGGCGACAAACAGAGAGGGAGAAAGCUGAGAUCGAACGUGAAACAAUCAGAGUGAGAGCUAUGGCAGAAGCAGAAGGGAGAGCCCAUGAAGCAAAGCUUGCUGAAGAAGUUAAUAGGCGCAUCCUCAUAGAUCGUGCAAAUGCAGAAAGAGAGAAGUGGGUUGCUGCAAUAAAUACUACUUUUGACCAUAUUGGAGGUGGUUUGCGAGCCAUUUUGACAGAUCAAAACAAGCUGGUUGUGGCUGUUGGAGGGUUGACAGCUCUUGCUGCUGGCAUUUACACCACCAGAGAAGGUGCAAGGGUGAUUUGGGGCUAUGUGGAUAGAAUUCUGGGACAGCCAUCACUUAUUAGAGAAUCUUCCAGAGGGAAGUACCCUUGGUCUGGCAUCUUUUCACGUGCUAUGAGCUCUCUAUCACGCAGUGGCGAUAAACUAUCUUCUUCAAAAAAUGGAAUUGGGUUUGGUGAUGUGGUUUUACACCCUACUCUUCAAAAACGAAUUCAGCAGCUAGCUGGUGCAACUGCCAAUACAAAAGCCCACCAAGCACCAUUUAGGAACAUGCUUUUUUAUGGGCCUCCAGGGACAGGGAAAACAAUGGCUGCAAGAGAAUUGGCUCGUAAAUCUGGAUUAGAUUAUGCAUUGAUGACGGGUGGAGAUGUUGCUCCACUGGGACCACAGGCAGUUACAAAGAUACACCAGUUAUUUGACUGGGCAAAGAAGUCUAAGAAGGGCUUGUUGCUUUUUAUUGAUGAAGCAGAUGCAUUUUUGUGCGAACGGAACAAAACCUACAUGAGUGAAGCUCAACGGAGUGCACUUAAUGCUCUUCUUUUCCGCACAGGUGACCAGUCCAAGGACAUUGUCCUUGCUCUUGCUACAAACCGUCCCGGUGAUCUUGAUUCAGCUGUGGCUGACCGUAUUGAUGAAGUACUGGAAUUCCCUUUGCCUGGGGAAGAGGAACGCUUCAAACUGCUAAAGCUCUAUCUGGAUAAGUACAUAGCUCAGGCUGGCUUGAGAAAAUCUGGAGUGCUUCAAAAUCUUUUGAAAAAGCAAACUCAGAUGAUUGAGAUCAAGGGACUGACAGAUGAUAUCUUAAGAGAAGCUGCAGCUAAAACUGAAGGAUUUUCUGGAAGGGAAAUAGCCAAACUGAUGGCUAGUGUUCAAGCAGCUGUAUAUGGGAGUGAGAACUGUGUGCUGGAUCCAAGCCUCUUUCGUGAAGUGGUAGAUUAUAAGGUCGCAGAACAUCAACAGAGAAGAAAACUGGCUGCUGCAGAUGGAGAUCGCGUUUGAUUAAUAUUAUUUAUUGCAUGCAGAAUUUUAAUCAGUUGGCAAAAAUUGGCCGUGACUGUUAGUUUUAGCUUGAUCUAUAAGGCCCAAUUUUUUGAGCAUAGGGCGUAAUGUUGUCAUUAUUUCCCCCAUGAAAUGGGGUUGGGAUUGGGAGAGUAGGGAUGGUCUCUGCACAUCCAUUGCGAGGUGAAGUUAUUUAUAGGUGUUUUUGUUCAAUUUGUUUCCACAAAUCCCAUGGUUGUCCUCUGCCAUAACCGGAUUCUAACGUAAAACAACCUUCGGACGGUGAAUAAGUGCCCUGAUUAUCAUAUACAAGUGUUGAGUAAAUGA